GGGCGCGGCGCGGCCAUGGAGCGCGUGAGCAGCUCCGGGAAGCAGGUGCCCAACCCGCUGCCCAAGGUGCGGAGCCGCCGGGCGGGCGGCCCGGAGGCGGAGCGGGAGAGCUUCGAGCGGGCGCAGACUGUCAGCAUCAAUAAAGCUAUUAAUGCUCAGGAAGUGGCUGUCAAGGAGAAACACGCCAGGACGUGCAUCCUGGGCACGCACCACGAGAAGGGGGCCCAGACCUUCUGGUCGGUGGUGAACCGGCUGCCGCUGUCCGGCAACGCCGUGCUCUGCUGGAAGUUCUGCCACGUCUUCCACAAGCUCCUCCGGGACGGCCACUCCAAUGUCCUGAAAGACUCCAUGAGAUACAAGAAUGAGCUGAGCGACAUGAGCAGGAUGUGGGGCCACCUGAGCGAGGGCUAUGGACAGCUCUGCAGCAUCUACCUCAAACUGCUGAGAACCAAGAUGGAGUUUCACACCAAGAAUCCCCGUUUCCCUGGCAAUCUCCAGAUGUCUGACCGGCAGCUCGACGAUGCAGGGGAGAACGAUGUCAAUAAUUUUUUCCAGCUGACUGUGGAGAUGUUUGACUACCUGGAGUGUGAGCUGAACCUCUUCCAGACAGUGUUCAGCUCCCUGGACAUGUCGCGCUCGGUGUCGGUGACGGCGGCGGGGCAGUGCCGCCUGGCCCCGCUCAUCCAGGUCAUCCUGGACUGCAGCCACCUCUACGACUACACUGUCAAGCUGCUCUUCAAGCUCCACUCCUGUCUGCCAGCAGAUACACUGCAGGGCCACCGGGAUCGCUUCCUGGAGCAGUUCAGAAAGCUGAAGGACCUCUUCUACCGCUCCAGCAACCUGCAGUACUUCAAGCGCCUGAUUCAGAUCCCACAGCUGCCAGAGAACCCUCCCAAUUUCCUGCGUGCCUCAGCCCUGUCAGAGCACAUCAGCCCCGUGGUGGUCAUCCCUGCUGAGGCAUCCUCACCUGACAGUGAGCCCAUCACGGACCUGGUGGAGAUGGAGACAGCCUCACAGAGCCUGUUUGACAAUAAGUUUGACGACAUCUUCGGCAGCUCCUUCAGCACCGACCCCUUCAACUUCAACAGCCAGAACGGGAUGAACAAGGAUGACAAGGACCAGCUGAUCGAGCAGCUUUACGGGGAGAUUGCAGCCCUGAAGGAGGAGCUGGAGAACUUCAAGGCCGAGAGCGGGCGGGCUGCGGUGCAGCUGCGGGGCCGCGCCAACGAGCUGGAGGCCGAGCUGGCCGAGCAGCGGCACCUGAAGCAGCAGGCGCAGGACGAGAGCGAGUUUCUGCGCGCCGAGCUGGAGGAGCUCAAGAAGCAGCGGGAGGACACGGAGAAGGCGCAGAGGAGCCUGACGGAGAUUGAAAGGCGGGCACAGGCCAACGAGCAGCGCUACAGCAAGCUGAAGGAGAAGUACAGCGAGCUGGUGCAGAACCAUGCUGACCUGCUGCGGAAGAAUGCAGAGGUGACCAAGCAGGUGACAGUGGCCAGGCAGGCCCAGGGGGAUGUGGAGCGGGAGAAGAAGGAGCUGGAGGACUCCUUCCAGCGGGUGAGCGAGCAGGCGCAGAGGAAGUCUCAGGAGCAGGCAGAGGUGCUGGACACACUGAAGCGGGAGCUGGCAGCCAGCAGACAGGAGCUGCAGGUCCUCCAGGGCACCCUGGAGUCCAGCACACAGGUGGGAGCGGAGCAGAGCACCCGGAUCACCAGCCUGGAGCAGGAGAGGGAUGACCUGAGCCGGGCAGUGGAUCAGCACAGGGAGGAGAUGACAGCUCUGCAGGCUGAGCUGCAGCAACUGCAAGACACGCUUGGCCACCAGCAGGAGAGCAGCAGGAAGGAGCUGGAGACGUUGCAGACCCAGCUGAGAGACAAGGAGAGCAGGGAGCGGGCGCUGGAGAAGCGCCAGGCCGAGGAGCAGCUGGUCCUGCUGCGGGACGUGGCUCGGGAGGCCCAGCGCAUGGUGCAGGACGCCCUGGGGCGCAUGGAGGAUCCCGCUCACAUCGGCUGCACCGGCUCGGCAGACUGCCUCCUGUCCCAGACGCUGGCAGCCUUGGAGUGCGUGGGGCGGCUGCGGGAUGCGCACGGGAAGUCCCUUUCCAGUGGUGCAGCCGUGGGCUCCCUGCUGCCCUGCCUGGCCCUCUUUGCCCACCUGGUCAGCGACACGCUCCUGCAGGGCAGCGCCACCUCCCACCAGGCCCCCCUGGAGCCUGCAGACUGGCUGCUGGAGACGUGCAGGCAGUGUGGCAGUGAGGCUGUGAGCUACCUCAGUGCCCUGCAGGACCCAGGGAUGGUGGGAAGUGCCGACUGCAGCCCGGUGAUGACCUGCCUGAGCCGGAUCAGCGCCAUCGGGGAGGAGCUGCGGCCCAGAGGGCUGGACGUCAAGCAGGAGGAGCUGGGUGACCUGGUGGACAAGGAGAUGGCAGCAACAGCAGCGGCCAUCGAGACGGCAGCUGCCCGCAUUGAGGAGAUGCUUAGCAAGGCACGAGCCGGUGACACUGGCGUCAAACUGGAAGUGAAUGAGAGGAUCCUGGGCUCCUGCACGGGCCUCAUGCAAGCCAUCCAUAUCCUGGUCAUGGCCUCCAAGGACCUCCAGAGGGAGAUUGUGGAGAGUGGACGGGGUGCUGCGUCCCCCAAGGAGUUUUACGCCAAGAAUUCCCGCUGGACCGAGGGUCUCAUCUCCGCCUCCAAGGCCGUGGGCUGGGGUGCCACCGUCAUGGUUGAUGCUGCUGACCUGGUAGUGCAAGGCAAGGGGACGUUCGAGGAGCUGAUGGUCUGUUCCCGGGAGAUCGCUGCCAGCACCGCUCAGCUGGUGGCAGCCUCCAAGGUGAAGGCAGACAAAGACAGUGCCAACCUUUGCAAGCUCCAACAAGCUUCCCGAGGUGUCAACCAGGCCACAGCUGGUGUGGUGGCCUCCACCAAGGCUGGGAAGUCACAGGUGGAGGAGAAAGACAGCAUGGACUUCUCCAGCAUGACGCUCACCCAGAUCAAGCGCCAGGAGAUGGACUCACAGGUGCGGGUGCUGGAGCUGGAAAACCAGCUGCAGAAGGAGCGGCAGAAGCUGGGGGAGCUGCGCAAGAAGCACUACGAGCUGGCAGGAGUGGCAGAGGGCUGGGAGGAGGAUGCUGCAGAGUAAUGCUCGAGGUGGAAGCAGCCUGCAGGGAACACCCUGGCAGUGGGCUGGGGCCCAGCUGGGUGCAGCCUUCUGAGAAGAUCCACAAAAAGCUGGUGCAGAAGCCCCCCCCCCCCAAGCACCUGUCCUCCUCAUCCUCCCUGCCAAGAGCCGCCUCCAGCUCCAGA